AUGGCGUCAGAAAACCCUAAUUCCACCCCAAAAUCUCCAAGAACCCUAAUGUGCCCUAAAAGCGAUACAUCCCAAAGCCCUUCCGCACCUCCAUUACCCUCGUCAUCAAACCCUAAUCAACCAUCAUCAUCGUCAUCGUCGCUUCACCCAAACGCAGAUACGAAUGACGAAUCCGACAAUCUCUUCACGGACUCUGGCCCAAAUUCGCCACACGAUCCAUCCGAAUCACUUGAAGAAGUUAUCGUUUCUGUUCCAGGCGCAAUCCUACAUUUAAUCGAUAAGAAUCACAGCGUGCAACUAGCGAUGGGAGAUUUCUCGAUAGUCAAACUACGUCAAUCCGACAGUCUGAUCGCCAUUCUCGCACGCGUUGGUGAAGAGAUCCAAUGGCCUUUGGCGAGACACGAGGCUUGCGUUAAGUUAGACCAGUCUCAUUAUUUCUUCUCGUUACGCGCUCCAAAGGAGAAAGAACACGAAGCUAUGACGUUAAAUUACGGAUUGACAUUUGCUUCGAAAGGACAAGAGAAGUUGUUGAAAGAAAUGGAUGAGUUAUUGGAGCAUUGCAGUAGUUUCUCGGUGCAGAAAGUGGAGGAGAAGAAGGGGGCUUUGGAUUUGACAAUGGCGGAACGAAUGAGUCCCUCAGAUCUAAAAAUGGAAGCAAAUAAGGAACAGAUGGAGCAGAUUUGUAGAGCUUAUUGGACGACAUUAGCCCCAAAUGUGGAGGAUUACGGUACGAAGGCUGCAAAAUUGAUUGCUGCAGGUUCAGGGCAACUUGUUAAAGGGAUUCUCUGGUGUGGAGAUGUUACAGUGGAUAGAUUGAUCAAGGGUAAUGAGAUUUUGAAGCUAAAGAUCGGACCUGCUAGCAACACAGCAGUUAAUCCUGAACUUCUAAAGGCUAUACACAGGGUUAAUAAGGUGACGAAAAUGACAGAGACAGUUGUGGGUGGACUUCUUUCUGGCGUUCUGAAGAUUACUGGAUUCUUUACAAGCUCUGUUGCUAGCUCUAAACUUGGCAAGAAGUUCUUCAAGUUUUUGCCUGGGGAAAUAGCACUCGCGACUCUUGAUGGAUUUAGCAAAAUUUGUGAUGCUUUUGAAGUUUCUGGAAAGAAUGUAAUGUCAACAUCAUCUACUGUGACAACAGAACUCGUCAACCACAAAUAA